UAAAAGUCAUGAGUUGUAGCGUCUCUUUUGAUGUGACCUAAUUAAUGCGUCUGCGACUGACCAGAAUGGAAGACAACAUAGACGGGGCUGAUCGGAAAAUGUCAAGCUGUGGAAAUGAAGGAAAGGCAGUGUGGUAUAUCAGGACUGCUAAGCUUGCUGUGGCAGUCGCCAUAAUUAAAAGCAAGCCUGCUGGCAGGAGUGGAAGACAGCAUGCAGAAAGUCUGGCCGCCAAACUCAAGCAGCAAGACGAAGCUUGGAAAGCCAGAGCUCAAGACCUCAAGGAAGAAGUGUUAAGACUUAGACAAGAACUUUUGCUCACGAAGUUGCUGUCAAACCCAAGAAAUGCUGCUGAGGAUGGACGCGGUGAUGACGUGACAAGGCUUCUGUCCCAGGACCUCACAGACCCACAGUUCUCUGAGAGCGACUCUGGCUGCGAGACUAGCAACAACACACAGACUCUGCUUCAAACGCCUGACCUUGUGGACACACAGGACCCGUGCCACUCAUCCACCAUCCUUACAUCCUCUGCUCAUCCCAGUCGUGUCACUUUCCCUCACCAGAGAGCAUCCCUGGAGCAUGCCCUAUCCAAGCGCACACAGUUCCUGCAGCACCUGUGUGGGCUGCGCAGAUUGGCAGGCCCUGCUCUGGCAGAGGAGGGAGAUUUGGUGUGGGACUCGGUACUCCAUCUGCUCAGCUCUGUAAUUGAGGCCUACAAAGAGGCCAGCGGGGGCAGAGUCACCCCACAGCCGGCUUUACUCUUGCAGGCUUCCCAGGUGGCCGCACAGGCUGUGGAGCAAGGAGAUGUCCACUGGAGACCUUCUGCGCUGUGCUUGGGACAAGUGGAGGACUCGUUGAAGGAGAUGCUUGACCUGCUGCUCAGCAACAGUCAGCUCAAUAAGUUUGCGGUGCAGGAGACGUUGACAGAGUGCCUGAUCUCUCUGGGAAGCAGCAGAGUGCUCAGGUCAGUGCUCUUAAGACUCCUUCUCUUCCAGAUCAACCACCUGGCCCAGCACCUCUGGAACGCCUGUCAGAGCUCGUCUGAUGGACAGCAACAGCAGCAGCAGGUGGACUGGAGCAGGUAUGAGAACUCUUUCUACCUUUUCUGGCUCCUGGAGAAGCUUUCUCCGACUGGGGAGAGUAGGGCAGGGACGGAGCACCGGGACCUCCAGGCCCAGCUGGAGAGCUUUGUCCUCCCUCUGUCGGAUGAAUUUCCCCUGUUCGCUCUCUACAUGUGGCGAAUCAAAGCACUUCUCAAUCCCACGGAUACCACAGGGAACUGAGUUUAGAGCUUCUCUUCUCAGAGUACUUUUAAUCCCUUGCGGCACUUUCACCCUGUCAUGGCCCUCAGCAAUUAG